GGUAAAAGUAUACAACCUCCGACGUUCUUUUGUCUACGUUUGCAUUUAGGGCAAUCGGGUCUUUGAUAAGACCGCCCGUGAUUCAAAAUGGCGAUCCAGAAGAAGCACGGAAAAGGUCGUUUGGAUAAAUGGUAUCGCCUGGCCAAAGAGAAGGGCUACCGUGCUCGUGCUGCGUUCAAGUUGAUCCAGUUGAAUAAGAAGUAUGGAUUCUUGGAGAAGAGCAAGGUUUUGCUUGAUCUUUGUGCGGCCCCAGGUUCGUGGUGUCAAGUGGCUGCGGAAUGUAUGCCUGCACAAAGUCUCAUCGUCGGUGUCGAUCUUGCUCCUAUCAAACCUAUCCCUCGAGUCAUUUCCUUCCAGAGCGACAUCACCACCGACAAGUGUCGUGCUACGAUUCGAUCGCAUCUGAAACACUGGAAGGCCGACACGGUUCUUCACGACGGUGCGCCCAACGUUGGUACAGCCUGGGUUCAGGAUGCUUUCACGCAGGCCGAGCUUGUGUUGCAGUCUUUGAGAUUGGCUACGGAAUUCUUGUGUGAGGGCGGAAACUUUGUCACCAAGGUCUUCCGGUCCAAGGAUUACAACCCUCUGCUGUGGGUCUUCAAGCAGCUGUUCCAGUCGGUCGAGGCCACCAAGCCUCCCUCGUCGCGUAAUGUCUCCGCCGAAAUUUUCGUCGUCUGCCGUGGCUACAAGGCGCCCAAGCACAUGGACCCCAAGUUCCUUGACCCCAAGCACGUCUUCGCCGAGUUGCAAGAUGCGACUCCCAACUUUGAAGCCAAGGUUUUCAACCCAGAGAAGAAGAAGCGAAGGCGUGAGGGUUAUGAGGAGGGAGACUACACUCAGCACAAGGAAAUCCCGGUUACUGAGUUCAUCAACACUACCGAUCCCAUUGCGAUCUUGGGUGGAUACAACAAACUGAGCUUCCAGCAGCCCAUAGGUGGAGAUCUUGCCAUGUCUACUUUGAAUAGGCUCGAGGAGACGACAGACGAGAUUCGAACUUGCUGCGAGGAUCUCAAGAUUCUCGGUAAGAAAGAAUUCCGCAACCUGCUACGAUGGCGUUUGAAGGUACGGGAGAAGUUCGGUCUCGCCGUCAAGAAGAAGCAAGGGGAGGAUGGUGAAGGCGAGGAAGUGGCUGAGGUCGCCCCAAUGGACGAGGAGUUGGCGAUCCAAGAAGAUCUCAUGCGCAUGCGCGAGAAGGAGAACGCUCGCACCAAAAAAGAAAGGCGCAAGGAGAACGAGAAGAAGCGCAAAGAGAUUGUUCGGUUACAGAUGCACAUGACCACUCCCAUGGAUAUCGGCAUGGAGCAAAUCGGACCCGGAGGAGAAGACUCCACAUUCUCCCUCAAGCGUGUGGAUCGACUAGGUGCCAGAGAUGCCGUGGUCAAUGCCCGCGAUGUGCCCGUCGACAGCGAGAGUGAGGAUGAGUCUGACUCGAACGAGGAUAGCGACGAUGACGGUGACCGUCUGGAACGGGAACUCGAUGGAAUGUACGAGAUGUACCAAGAGCGCAUGGAGGAUCGCGACUCGAAAUUGCGCGCCAAGAAGGCUCGCAAGAACUACGAGGCCGACGAAUGGGAGGGAUUCUCCGAGGACAAUAAGAGCGACGACGAAGAGGAGGAAGAGGAAGAAGUCGACUCCGACGAGGAACUCUCUGGGGAUGCUGUGCCCAAGUCCGGUAGCCUUUCCAAUCAUGCUUCUAUGUUCUUUGACCAGGAUCUUUUCCAAGGAAUAGGAGAGGAAGAGGAAGAGGAAGAGGACGAGGAUGAUGAGGAGGAGGAGGAAGAGGAAGAAGAAGAAGCUGUGGAAGAGGAUAGCGAGGCGGAUGAAGAGGAAGAUGUCCCCGCCCCUACAUCCAAGUCCAAGAACAAGAAGGAGACUAAGAAGGAUCCUAAGAAGAAACAAGAGUCCGAAUGGAUCGACUCCGACGAAGAAAUCGAGGAGCCCCAGGAUCCGCGCAAGGCUAAUGGUCAACUGGACAUCGAUAUCAUCACUGCCGAGGCUAUGGCUCUUGCACAGGCGAUGGCUUCCGGCGAGAAGAAGUCACAAGAUAUUGUUGACGAUGGCUGGCAUCGCUAUUCGUUCCGUGACGUUGAUGGUCUGCCAGAGUGGUUCCUUGACGAUGAGGGCCAGCACAGCAAAAUCCAACGGCCUAUCACCAAGGCUGCUGCGGCUGCCAUCAAGGAGAAGCUGCGUGCUAUCAACGCCCGUCCCAUCAAGAAGGUGAUGGAGGCCAAGGGCCGCAAGAAGUUCAAGGCUGCUCAGAAGCUGGAGAAGCUGCGCAAGAAGUCUGCUCUUCUGGCGGAUGACGAGGCACUGAGCGAGCGUGAUAAGGCACAGGCCAUCUCGAAGCUGAUGGGCAAGGCCACCAAGAAGAAGCCCAAGCAGCAGGUCAAGUUGGUUGUGGCAAGAGGUGCCAACCGUGGUAUCUCUGGUCGUCCUCGUGGUGUGAAGGGCAGGUACAAGAUUGUGGAUUCUCGUAUGAAGAAGGAUAUUCGGGCGCAAAAGCGACUGGCGAAGAAGAAGUCAUGAUUGAUUUGUGCAUAGUGUAUAGAUUAGACCAAAAGUUGGAUGAUACCCGAGUGCAUAGGGGUCGAAGAAUAGCAAUUUGUUUUGGAAAUGCAAGCCAUGUCAGUUAAGA